AUGGACCUUUCCAGAAAUGAGAACGACCUACUAACUAUUGAGUCAGCCCGCGCCAGCCCAGCCACCGGCAAAGAAAGCCAAAAUGCCGCCGAAGAGAUCCCGGGAGGAAGCCCAGCAGAAGCUGGAGCACUUACGCCAAGAUUUGCGCCUAACAAGACAACUGCACUACAGGAUGUCAUCAGGAAGGAGUUGGCCAUCGCCAAGCAGAAGCAAUCCGUACUUGAUCGAAUCAAGCACUGGAAGAAAGAGCUCGGUGCUCGCCCCGAGGACAAGGAUGCCGAUGCCCUCGCCGAUGCCUUGUUUGACAAAAUAGUGAAGGGGGAGCAAGAGGAAUUGGCUGCUAUAGGGGAUUACAAUAAAGAAGGUGUCCAAAGUUUUGUCCAGGCAGUACAAGACGAUGAGUAA